AUGGUCGUAUCCAUCCACGUCAAUGAUGUCAAUGUACCCGUCUUCUGGCCUGGUGUCGGACUUUGGCACAUACAACAGAUUGUGGCUGAUCUCAAACCAGGAGUUGGUGUGUCCACCGAAGUCAGACCGGCGGAGAAGGGAUUCCAUGGUCGAGGCGUCCACGAUGAAGAAUUUGAGGAUGUCCGACUCUCUGUUGGUGAUCUUCAGCAAGAACCGGGUGUCUCCGACCCAUUUCACCUCGGUGAUGAGUCUCUCGUCGUUUGGAAUGUCUUCGUCAUUGUAGAAUGGGUCUGA